AUGCCCGAACGUCGCAAUCCCACCAGCGCCAAUGCACCCAUCCGCCCCUCCGUCCGCCGUAGUCUCUUUCCCUCCCACCUGCGCACCUCUCACACCGCAUCCACCACCCCUUCGCACACCUAUUCUCACACCACCCCCACCAACCCCGCCCCCUCGCAUCCCAUCCCAUCGCUCCCCCGUCGUCCAACCACUUCCUCAACCAGCACAUCUGCCGAAACGCUUCGUCUAGACCACGCAUCCACAUUUCCUUCGCAUUCCUCACACUCCAACGAUCGCGAUGCGAAUUUUCAUUCCUUCUCGCAUAAUGGACAUGAAAGGAAUGGGAGUCGGAACAAUAGUACCCUGUCGUUUGAUGGCACGACCGAUAUAGUAAUGCGGGAUAAGAAUGGCGAUUUUGAUAUUGGGAGUAUGAUGAUAGGAGGGGGGAUAGAUCCGGGAGGGGAUCUGUCGCUUGGAGCUGAUGAUGAGGAUAUGGUUGGGGUUGAGGGAGAGGAGGAGAGAGAAAGACAACGCCUCAAUGAUUCGAUAAAACAUCAUCAACGAGAUCGCAAUCGUGCGCCGAGUGAACCCGCCGAAUUACUAGAAGCAGUACGGAAUAGUCUACGCGCGAAGACAGCUGCGCUAUCAGAUGAUAACUGGAUGUAUGAAGCGGAAAAUGAAGGGGUUGUUCGAUAG